GUUUGUGGCGCAGCGCACGCCCGGCAUGAAGACUUAUCGCUGACCGCAGUGAGUUCGUCGAAAAUCCAACGUCCAACUUUACCACGGACGGUUGCGUAAAUUAAAUACGUCUGGUUUAGAUCACAGCUGUGGUGCUUUUAAUUUGAAGGCGCACAAACGGAAGUACAGCUUAGGCCGGACGGAAAAAGAAUCAGAGGCAAAAUCCACGAGAAAAUAAGAGUCGGACGAGUUUUAUGUAACGGAGUUGAGCUUUUUGCUUUCAGACGAAGUGUCGAGUUGUUUUCACAGCUUGUUAUCCUCCAAAUGGCUCCGACUAACGUCUGCCCUCAGUACUCCUCAGGAGCAGGAUGUAGCAGUUCAGUGGAGUUGGAGCUCCGAACAUUGCUGCAGCAAAGGAUUAUGGUCCUGGACGGUGGAAUGGGAACCAUGAUCCAGCAGCAUAAGCUUGAGGAGGAAGAUUUCAGGGGAGAGGAGUUCAAAGAGCAUCAUCUGCCUCUGAAGGGCAACAACGACCUUCUUAGCAUCACACAGCCAAGUAUAAUUUACAACAUCCACAAGGAAUAUCUGCUGGCUGGUGCUGACAUUAUUGAGACCAAUACCUUUAGCAGCACGUCAGUUGCCCAAGCAGAUUACGGACUGGAACAUACGGCUUAUCGCCUCAACAGAGCUUCAGCUGAGCUUGCAAGAAAGGCAGCUGACGAUGUCUUCAAACAGUCAGGUUGUAAACGCUUUGUGGCUGGGGCUCUGGGUCCCACCAAUAAAACCCUGUCUGUGUCACCCUCUGUGGAUAGGCCAGACUUCCGGAACAUCACAUUUGAUGAGUUGGUAGAAGCUUACUCUGAGCAGAUUCGGGGUUUAUUGGAUGGAGGCGUGGAUCUUCUUCUUGUUGAAACCAUCUUUGACACUGCAAAUUCCAAGGCUGCCCUGUUUGCCAUUGACCUACUUUUUGAAAAAAGCUACGAAAGACGGCCGAUAUUUAUCUCGGGGACUAUUGUUGACCGCAGUGGACGAACUCUGUCUGGUCAGACUGGUGAAGCGUUUGUCGUGAGUGUGUCCCAUGCCAAACCAAUGUGCAUCGGUCUGAACUGUGCCUUGGGGGCAACUGAAAUGAGGCCGUUUAUUGAGGCUAUUGGAAAAAACACUUCUUCCUUUAUUAUUUGUUAUCCCAACGCAGGCCUUCCAAACACAUUCGGAGGAUACGAUGAAACUCCUCAAGUUACAGCCUCCAGUUUAAAGGUUUUAAACUGAUUUUAUUUAAAGGACACCUAUUGUUACUUUUUAACCCCCAGAGACCCAAAUUUAGAAAACAACUGCAAAAUCUUUUUUUAACCUUCCACAUGUUGUUCUAGGAGGCCAGAUAAACGGGCCUAUUUACACAUUUUAACAGCCAGUAGUGUUGCAGAACUGAACAAUGGGACCUAUUAGCAAUGUAAAUGUGGUUUUAAAAAGAAAAAAAAUGGGGAAGGUUUAUUUUUGUAGCCUUAAAUCUGAUGUUGUAAUAUUACAACCGUGGGUCUCUGGGGGGUAAGGAGAUGUAGUUCUGUUGUUGAUUUAAAAAAACUUGGUCAGGAAGCUCUUUGCUUUAUGUGAGAGGAAUUUAGAGCAAUCUGAUAACAAAAGAAACAAGUAAUGCAGUUAGUAGAGACACACGGAAUGAUGUGGGAUUCAGUGUUUUGUCCAAAGACUCUAGUAUGUGUCAAUGAAGCUGAAAUUGAUACCUCCCAGUUGUCAGAUUACUCCAUCAACUAAUCGUCAUAAAAUGAAGUACUUUCAUUAGAAAAUACAUAUGGUAAGCCUGUUCUCCCGCAGCAAGGGAUUGUGGGAUAUACACUUAUCCCAAGUCAGCAUCGAUGCAGACUUGGGUGAAAUGUGGAUCAAGGACGCAAAAAGGGCAUGAUCAAUUUCCACACUUGAGAAAGGGACACCCUACGCACUCGCACCCCUGGUUGGGAUCGCACAACUGAAGGGCACAAGUGUGAAAGUGUGAGUCUUGCAGUACGUUCUCACACCCAAAGCAUCGGAAAAUGACGCGGGGUGACCAAGCUGGGAGUCCCAACGCGUCAGAAGGCGACGCUCUGGCACAGCACAUCGAUUUCCGACGCCUGCAGUAAAAUGUACAUUUCAUUGAUAUUUGACCUCUAACCUUUUGCUAUUUGACCUUCCUGUCACCCACAUCCAGGGUUUAAUUUGAGCCAGAUCUUGCCGGAACAAGAUCCAGGAACUGCCUUAAAUAUAUUUUUAAACAUUUUCUAAAUGCUUUCUUAUAUUUCUACAAUUUUUUAUAUUUUUUGUUUUUGUGAAGCGCCUCGUGAUUUUUAUCUUGAGAGGCGCUAUAGAAAUGAUAUUUUCUUCUUAUUAUUAUUUUGAAAGGACCGUUCCGGCAACUCACGCGACCAACUUGUGCUUUACGCAGGGUCCGAAUUACGGGUGAGCUAAAGGGAUCCCAGCUCGCCUGAAAGGGUGACGCUCCCCUGGAAGCCCCCAGCUUCCACACCCAGGGCGAGCCCAAAACAGCUCCUGGUUCUACUUAUAUUACAUUAUCUAUGUGGACUCUCCGGGGAUUGUUUAGAGCUGAGAGGCGCAGAGCUCUGAUCGUUGAUGCGCUCCCGACAGAUGCGUCCUGAGCACGGCCACAGUAACGUUAUUAAAGCGGUGCCACAUCCAAAACAAAUUUAACACGCAAUCGUUUAUGUCGGCUCAUAUCCUUUAAUGAUUUCUGUCUUUUAUUUGUGUCUGAUGCGUUUCGCUGCUGCGGAGCGGAGCGCGUCUCCCAUGUCCUUCGGUGACUUCGCCUCACUGGUGCGACUGGCGCUCGGCGCGCACUCAUUCACCUUAUUUGCGGUCGGUAGAUCUUCUAGAACUGCAGUUCAAAGGUAACUCAUGAGGUGAAUAUAUAUGAACCCAGGUAGCAGUUUUUCUUUAGGAUUGAGAGGAGAUGCAGGAAGAUAAUAAACAGACAGGACAGAAAAAUAGUCAAAUAAAAACAAGUUAGUUUUUGUACCUGCUGGUUGCAACAAACAGACACCACUAAAGGUAAUCAGAAGUGAGGAACAGAAAAUGAAAUAAUUAUUUUAAUGUUUAGAGCAGCAGGAACUCCGAGAGGCUGCAGGCGCAUCAGUGAGUUUGCUGCUGCUGCGCAGGGGGAGGGGGUAGAGGGCUGAAGCAGAGGAACAGUCGCCUAGUGAACUAGACCAAAUUCUUGCUUUGCAAAGUUUGUAUUCACAUAAGUGAAUUUAUAUUCACACACAUAGUCUUGCUUGCCAGGCUAGGGGAUUAGUAAAAAUGCAGAAACUACCAAGAAAUGUGUGUUAACUGAAAAUGUGGGCACAAUUUUUAAUUGUCAAAAACUCAAGUGAACCAACCUGGAACCCCCCCCCCCCCCC